CCACCGCGGUCCCCGCCUUCUGCAGUCCGUCUCAAUUGUUAGUGCAACACAGAAAACCUGAUGCCACCUCUCUGGAUCGUCCGGAACCGAUUGUUUUCCCAGCUGUAUUGUGGACUGAAGUCUCCAAUCUCCACACAAACCAAGAUUUGCCUAACAAUGGCUCGUCCAAGUUCAAAUAUGGCCAACUUCCGGAAGUGUUUUGCGAAAGCCAAGCACAUAGUUGUCAUUUCUGGGGCCGGCAUCAGCGCUGAGAGUGGGGUUCCGACGUUCAGAGGAGCGGGAGGUUACUGGAGGAAAUGGAAAGCCCAGGACCUGGCCACCCCGCAGGCCUUCGCCCGGAACCCGUCCCAGGUGUGGGAGUUCUACCACUACCGGCGGGAGGUGGUGCAGAGCAAGGAGCCCAACGCCGGGCACCUGGCCAUCGCCGAGUGCCAGGCCCGGCUGCACGGGCAGGGCCGACAGGUGGUGGUCAUCACCCAGAACAUCGACGAGUUGCACCGCAAGGCUGGCACCAAGAACCUUCUGGAAAUCCAUGGUAGCUUAUUUAAAACUCGAUGUACCUCUUGUGGAGUUGUGGCUGAGAACUAUAAGAGUCCAAUUUGUCCGGCUUUAUCAGGAAAAGGGGCUCCAGACCCCACAACUCAAGAUGCCGGAAUCCCAGUGGAGCAACUGCCCUGGUGUGAAGAGCCAGGAUGUGGGGGCCUGCUGCGACCUCACGUGGUGUGGUUUGGAGAAAACCUGGACCCUGCCAUCCUGGAGGAGGUUGACAAAGAGCUGGCCCUCUGUGACUUGUGUCUCGUGGUGUCAGCCCGCGGCGUGCCCGUGGCUGAAUUCAACAUGGAAACCACCCCGGCCACGAACAGGUUCAGGUUUCAUUUCCAGGGGCCAUGUGGGACAACUCUUCCUGAAGCCCUGGCUCCUCAUGAAACUGAAACUGUUUCAUAGCCAUCCUGGGGAAGGAAGAAAUCUAAGUAUCAAGCCACCAGCAGGGGAGGCAGUCUUGUGGGUGGUGAGCCAAAUACUGGAAAGUCUGAAAAUAUCUUUUGAUUGCCAGGCUGGAAUCCAAACUGCUGAUGGUUGAUGGGGACUUGGAAGCAACAGUAGUAACUGUGUUCAGAAGGAGAAGUCACAGGACUUCUGAAGUCAGUUCCUGUUAUUUUGUUUGAUCCUAAACAUAAGUCUGAUGUGUUUGGUUGGUUACUGGGUAACUUUGUAAUUAGAUUGUCUAAAACAAAAAAAAA